AUGAAACCAAUAAAAUCCAUUAUCUUUACCGUUACGCUACUUUUGGGAUCCUUGAUUAUCUCAGUCUCUUCAGAACCGCUGAAUUUAGACCUUAAAGUUAACAAAGAUUACAAAAUUGCACGUGUUCCUCCAAACAACGGAACUUGGAAAACAUGCGGUCGGUUACAAACAAUGAAAGUUAUGCCACCUCUAACGCCAGUUACAGUUGAUUAUGGAGUAAGUGUUGUAGGUGAUGCACCAGGAGGUGGUGAUGGAAGUGGAGUAUACGCUUAUUUAGUAGAUUUUGAAAAUUCUAAAAAGAUGCCCUUGAUUACCCCAAUAGCAUCAUUAUCAUGUUUUUCCACUCUAGUAACAUAUUGUAACCAUGAUGCUGGGGAGAAACCGUUGGCUAUGAAUUUAUAUUAUUGUUUAAUUGUACAAAAUCCUUACGCAAGCGCACAAAAGAUAGCUGUGGCAUUUUCAGAUGAUGAAACAGUAUUUGGAGAUGGCGGUUUUACAAGUCCAGAUAGCAAUGGUGAAACUGGAGCAACUGGAACACUUUGA